UGUGUUAGCGUGCGUUUCACAAAGAAAGCUAUCCAAAUUUAGAAGAAGAAAAAAAACUUCUUGUAGCAUAAUAUGUUUUAUGACUUUAUCCAGUAUGGAACAGGUCUAGAACAUCAGGUAAUCUUCUGAAAAUUUGGGCCUAUAAUUUACCAAUUAUUCCAUCAUCAGUAUAAUCCUAUAAUUUAUAAACUUUUACCCUUCGCCGGUUAGAGUCGUAAGUUCCAUAACAUAAAUUAAAAGCGUAGGCCUAACUUAGUUCGUAACGUCGUAAGCAUUAGGGAGAACUUGUUCUUGAUUCUUUAGUUUGAAGAGUCACGGGCUGCCAUAUACGUAAAGUAGAAAAAGUUUAUUUUCAAGUAUAACAAAGUUCAAGAGGAAAUGGCGCAAAUGAAUCCGCCUUGGGAUAAGACCGGUAACCAGAUACCACCUUUUCCUCAAGUUUGGAACACUGGUCCUGCUGUGGCUAUGGAUAUGACAGCUUACUGGGCUUUCUGCAACAAUUUUGCUGGUCUAGACCUAAGUGCUUCACAAAACCAAGGCAGAGGUAAUUCUGAACAUUAUGUUCCUCCCCAACUUCGUAUUUGCCAAGUUCCUCCCCAACAAACUAGUGGUCCAUCACCAGCAAAUCAUCAACAGUGGAAUAACCAUAAUAUUUACAACCCAGUUGCUCGUGACAGAGACCCUGGAAAGUCUGGAGGUUACAUUAGGGGUGGUGGUAGUGGUGGGUAUGUACUCAGAGGAGACAUUGGAAGAGGUGGGGGUUAUGAUCGAGAAGAGAAACGGAAUUUCAGUGAUGAACGAGGUGGGAACAGAGGAUGUGUUGAUUUUUCAAAUUUUGGAAGCAGAAAUAAUAGACCAAAUGUUACUAAUUGUAUUGGGACAUUACUUCCACAACAUGUAGGCUUUAACACUUUCAGCCACAGUGGCUGGUAUGACCCACAAAGUGUCCAGAAGUUUGCAGGCCAUAUGGAUAGAAAUGGAGGAGGUACAUGGGUCAGAAGAAAUGGUGGGGUUCAUAGAAAUGAUUACGAUGACGCUGAUUGGAGUCGGCCCUUGCCUAAAGAUGAUUACAUGGAGAGGCAGCUGUUUGGUAACAAUCAUACUGGUAUCAACUUUGACAAGUAUGAAGACAUUCCUGUGAAAGCUACAGGCGAAGAGUGUCCUUCAAACAUUAACUCGUUUGAUGAAUGUACUUUGACAGAAAUUAUCCGAGAUAACAUUGAAUUAGCCCGGUAUUCGAGGCCUACACCUGUUCAGAAAUAUGCCAUUCCAAUUAUCCUUGCAAAAAGGGACCUAAUGGCAUGUGCUCAGACAGGUUCUGGAAAAACUGCAGCAUUUUUAGUUCCCAUUCUUAACCAUAUCUAUGAAAAUGGACCACCAAAGGACUUACCAGAACCACAAAAGUUCGCUACUUGUGUUAAGCAGUACCCACUAGCUCUAGUUCUUUCUCCGACAAGAGAACUGGCUUGUCAGAUUUAUGAUGAAUCAUCCAAGUUUGCUUAUCGCUCUCGUGUAAAACCUUGUGUUGUCUAUGGAGGAGCUGAGCCCAUUCAGCAAAUGAAGAACUUAGACAGGGGCUGCCAUUUAUUGGUGGCUACACCAGGAAGACUGAUAGAUAUGAUGGAACGGGGAAAAAUUAGCUUGGAACUUGUGAAGUACCUGGUGUUAGAUGAGGCAGAUCGUAUGCUAGACAUGGGUUUUGAACCACAGAUUCAUCGCAUUGUUUUAGAACACAACAUGCCACCAACAGGGAAUAGGCUAACAUUGAUGUUUUCGGCAACAUUUCCAAAAAAAGUACAGGAGCUGGCUAGAAAGUUCUUAGAUAACUACAUUUUUCUUGCUGUGGGUCGCGUUGGAAGCACAUCAGAAAACAUCACUCAGAAGAUAGUAUGGGUAGAUGAAUUAGAUAAACGGUCCUUUCUGCUGGAUCUUUUAAAUGCAGCAGGACUAAAGUGUGCAAAUUCAUCACCUGACUCUUUGACCUUGACCUUUGUGGAAACCAAGAAAGGGGCAGAUGCACUAGUGCACUUCCUGACAGAAGAAGGCUACCCAGUAGCAAGUAUACAUGGUAACAAAUCUCAGCGUGAAAGAGAGGAUGCUUUGUGGUCUUUUCGAUCAGGUCGUAGACCUAUUCUUGUAGCCACGGCUGUUGCUUCUCGAGGUUUAGACAUACCGAAUGUGAAACACGUGAUCAAUUACGACUUACCAACUGAUGUUGAAGAAUACGUUCACCGUAUUGGCCGUACCGGAAGAGUUGGAAAUUUAGGUUUGGCAACAUCAUUUUUUAAUGAAAAGAACCGAAAUAUGUCACUGGACUUGGUGGAACUUAUGACUGAAACAAAACAGGAGUUGCCUGACUGGCUAGCUGCAUUAGCUAAAGAGGUUCAGACUGAACAACGAGCCUCUAAUUCCCGUAAAUAUGGAGGUGGUACUCGCAGGUAUGGGCCUGGUGGCUUCGGUGGUCGUGACUUCAGACAGUUUAAUACUCACGAUCCACGAGGAGGAGGAACUCGAAAGUUGGUGACUAACGGCUUUCCAUCUCCUUGCUAUGGGUAUGGGGCCAAUCAAUUUGUCAGCACAUUUAAUCGAGGAAACUGUGGAGGAAAUUAUGGCUCAGGAACUGAUUGGUGGGGGAACUAAUUUCCUCACUUCUGGCAACAGCAUUUUUGUUUUAUUGUAUGAGAUGAAGUUUACAGUUGCCACACGGUAGGCUAAAUGUGAACUAAAUUUUUAUGAAAGUACAGUUAUGUACACCUAUAGUAUCCUGGGCUCUUAUAAUUAUUAGUUUAUUGUUUGGCACAAACUUUUCUGAAGGUUAGCAACAGUUUGGUAUUAAUUGUGUAUGCUAUUUAUUGACAUUAACUCUGUUAAUAUAUCAUGUAAUUACUUUAGUAAAGAGUGUGUGGUUGACAAGUAAACGUAUAGUAGAGUACUGUGAUGGGUGUAUGGUUGAUAACCAAAAUUAGUUUACUGAGUACCAUAUUGAGUGUGUGUGGUUGACAACCAGGACUAGUUUCACAGAAUACCAUAUUGUGCAAUUGACGAGCAAAUCUAAUUGAACGUGUGGCUAUUCAUAAAAUGUAUUUCACAGGAAAUAAGAAGUAUGACUGUUCUUAAGAUAUGUGAUGGAAAGAUCUAGAACAUCGAUCAUGUCUUUUGUUAUAGUAGUGUGUGUCAUCGGUACACCAAGUAUUGCUGUUGCCAGUAUUACGGUUCUUGAAUUUCCUGCUUUUUUUUUUUGGUGUUGUUUUUUUAUUUUGAUUAAACUUUAAUCAUAGAAGUUGUGUAUUUUUUAAUGUCCCCAUUGCUGCAGAAAGUAGUAGUAAACUUUAAUUAUCAAGCAGUUAAACGAGAUACCUGAAAAGAAAAUUAGUAAUGAUAACAUGUAACUUUAACAUUUUAAAUAACCAAUGAAUUCUAGGAAAUCUAAUCAGUUGGUCAUUGGUUAUUUUAGUUUAUAAAAA